AUGCUAUCUAAUACUCUUGUCCGAUUAGCUAUGGCCAUGUGCCUUGCCUUCCUUCUCUUCACAACUGUUCUCUCUGCAACGAGUACAUCGGACGUAAAAACUGAAGCCAAUGUUGAAGAAACACAAUCAACAAUAAACGAACCAGAUGAAGAUUUAAGUAAACUCUGCCAAUAUUUCUGUGCGAAUAGCCAUUUCUUUACUAAAAGAGCUCCUUUGAAAGGUUUUGUUCAUGGCCGAUCAGUUAAUGAAGAAACUGACAGUAGCGAUGACCUUUUGGACAAACGUUUUGUUCAUGGCAAACGUUUCGUUCAUGGCAAACGCUUCGUUCAUGGCAAACGCUUCGUUCAUGGUUAA